CGGAAGAGCCUGGGCCGACAUGAGGCUGUGUAACCGUGGUAUGCAGAUGCUGCUGACCACAGCGGGGGCUUUCUGCGCCUUCAGCCUCAUGACCAUCGCAGUGGGCACGGACUACUGGCUGUACUCCCGCGGGAUGUGCCGCUCCAAGAACCUGAACGACAACGAGACCGUCCGCAAGAACGAGGAGGUCCUGACCCACUCUGGUCUGUGGAGGACCUGCUGCACCGAGGGGACAUUUCGGGGUGUUUGCAAAGACAUUGAUCAUUUUGCUGAGGAUGCAGACUAUGAGCAGGAUGCUGCAGAGUAUUUACUACGAGCAGUACGAGCCUCCAGCCUCUUCCCCAUCCUCAGUGUGGGAUUAUUAUUUCUCGGAGGUGUGUGUGUAGCUGCCAGCGAGUUCUACAAGUCACGUUACAACGUCAUCCUCAGUGCGGGUAUACUCUUUGUCUCUGCAGGUCUCAGUAACAUUAUUGGCAUCAUCGUGUACAUAUCCGCAAACUCAGGGGACCCCAGCCAGAGCGACCAUAAGAAGAGCUACUCCUAUGGCUGGUCUUUUUAUUUUGGAGCUCUGUCCUUUGUGCUCGCUGAGAUGGUGGGCGUCCUUGCAGUUCAUGUGUUCAUAGAAAAACACCGACAGCUGCGCACUAAAGGCCGGCCGUCCCUCAUUAAGCCGCCCAUCUCUCGCAGCUCAUCUUACUACCGGAACCGUAGCUACCAGAACCGCUCACGCCGAUACAGUUACAGGGGCAACAGUGCAGGGGACUCGAUCUCACACUCCUUUCGAGCAUCCUUGGUGCGAGACAGAGAGCCGUCGCUCUCAGCUGAAUCCAAAGCCAUGGAAAGUUUGCCAACACCAGUGACAGUGGGCUCAGAGUUCAUGCUCUACACCUUAACCUCACCUUUCAAAGACAGUAAGAUGGAGAUGGCUGUGGAUGAUUUAACUACUGAAGCUGUGCACACCAACACAGAGAUGCUGCCUGGAAACUGUGCUGCCAACAGAAGGACCACGCCUGUCUGAGAGGAGGAUGUACAGAGAUUAAACAUAAGAGGAACUUCUGUGAGAGGAGAACAUUAAAUGAAAGGAAGUCCUCUCAAACUCUUGGUAAAGAAAGAGGAAAGACUUCAGAGACCGGAAUAGACCUGCAUCAACUAAUCAGUCAGAAAAUAGUGAAAUAAAUCACAAUGACAAUUUCCCAGAGCCCAGCGUGACGCCUCCAAAUUGCUUGUUUUGUCUGACCAACAGUCCAAAACCCACAGAUAUUCAAUUUACAAUGAUACAAAACAAAGAAAUUAAGUUAAACCUUAUGUAUGAGAGGCUGGAAUCGGAGAAGGUGGAUUUUUGCCUGAAAAAUACCUAUGUUGUGCUCUUUGUAUGCCAUUCCGCUAUGCCAUUACAGUAGCUAUAUCCACAGUAUAUCUGUAGUGUGUGUGCAGAUGAGUGUGUAUAAUAAUAGGAAUGUGUGUAUGAGACAGUUACAGUCAUGCAGAGAAAGACAGAAAGGAGGAGCUGUUCAUGAAAAUAAGAAACUAUAACAUAGAAAUACAAGACACACAUAAACAUACAUCUGGGAAUGACAUACUGUAACUAUGUCCUGUUCCUGUCCUCCUUCUUGUGGACCUAAGCUCAACAUCGAAACCCCAUUAAAUGCAUUAGAUCUCUCUCCA